AUGGAAGAGAUGAGGAGGAGGGAUGUCAAAGAUUCAGGGGGGCAGUCCUUCCAGCUUCCCAGUGGCAGCUGGUCCCCAAGUCGGAAUGGGAAUAACACUGAGACUGCCCACACUGUGAACCUCACCUUCUCGUCCUACUACCAGCACUCGUCCCCAGUGGCAGCCAUGUUUAUUGUGGCCUACGUGCUUAUCUUCCUCCUCUGCAUGGUGGGCAAUGCCCUGGUCUGCCUCAUUGUGCUUAAGAACCGGCACAUGCGCACCGUCACCAACAUGUUCAUCCUCAACCUAGCUGUCAGUGACCUGCUGGUGGGCAUCUUCUGCAUGCCCACCACUCUCGUGGACAACCUCAUCACUGGGUGGCCCUUCGACAAUGCCACGUGCAAGAUGAGCGGCCUGGUGCAGGGCAUGUCCGUGUCCGCCUCUGUUUUCACGUUGGUGGCCAUCGCUGUGGAAAGGUUCCGCUGCAUAGUGCACCCUUUCCGGGAGAAGCUGACCCUGCGCAAGGCGCUGAUCACCAUCGCGGUGAUCUGGGCCCUGGCGCUGCUCAUCAUGUGCCCGUCGGCGGUCACGCUGACAGUCACGCGAGAGGAGCACCACUUUAUGGUGGACGCCCAGAACCGCUCCUACCCGCUCUACUCGUGCUGGGAAGCCUGGCCGGAGAAGGGCAUGCGCAAGGUCUACACUACCGUGCUCUUCUCGCACAUCUACCUGGCGCCCCUCGCGCUCAUCGUGGUCAUGUACGCCCGCAUCGUCCGCAAGCUCUGCAAGGCGGCUGGGCCGGCGCGCCCCGGCGAGGAGGUGGACAGCGGGCGCGUGGCCCAACGCAAGGCACGGGUGGUGCACAUGCUAGUCCUGGUGGCGCUAUUCUUCACGCUAUCCUGGCUGCCGCUCUGGGCGCUGCUGCUGCUCAUCGACUACGGACAGCUCGGGGAGCCGCAGCUGCACCUGGUCAGCGUCUAUGCCUUCCCCUUUGCCCAUUGGCUGGCCUUCUUCAACAGUAGUGCCAACCCCAUCAUCUAUGGCUACUUCAAUGAGAACUUUCGCCGCGGCUUCCAGGCCGCCUUUCGGGCUCAGCUCUGCCCACAGCAGCGGGGGAAUCACAAGGUGGCCUACUCCGGGCGGCCAGGAGGGCUCCUACGCAAACGGGUCUUCGUGGAGGUGCAGCCCAGCGACUUCGGCCUGCCCUCUGAGUCCGGCCCGAGCACUGGGGUGCCCCGGCCUGGCCGCUGGCUGCUGCGGAAUGGGCGUGUGGCCCACCAGGAGGAUCCUGGCUGCUCCCAUCUGCCCCUCACUACACCUGCCUGGGAUAUCCGAGGUGGUCCAGGGAGGGCAGGCCCCGGCCUGAGGGUCCUGACGGGAUGUGCACAUGAGAGCAGCCUGGUGUGGAGUUAG